GGACUGUAAUUUUCCCCUCCCUCCCUCCCUCCCUCCCUCAGUACUGUAAAACCAUGGGUGGAAGAUAGGAAAAGAAGUAGAGCUUUCCCUGGAAUCCUGAACUUCCGUCACCUCCAAUCCGAUAUUGAACAAGCUUGCUACUCUUUUCAGUUUUUUCUUGUUCUUAUGGAACAUACAUCUGAAGUCUAUGUUCCAAAAAAGCUUCCAGCUAUCAGAGCAUUGUUGAUGAAGAGAGGUUGGAAUGCACUGCAGCUCAGAAGGAUUCAUUUUUCCUUCAGCAUUCCGCCAUGUGUUUCAAAUAUUGAAAUGGGAUUUUGAAAAGACGAUUACUGCUGGCAUGGGAGGUGUGAGGAACAAAAGAAAUGCUUCAAUUUCUGGCUUUGAACAUGAAGCUGUGUUGCUGAGAUGUCUGAACUGGUAUCUGUCCAGUGGGCCCCAUAAUUGUUGGUCUACAUGGUUAAUUGGAGGGACCAGAAUUUGGAUGGCUGUUGGAGUAAGCUCAACAUCUGAUUGUGUGGUUGUGCUCAUGGCCUGGGACCAUAUUUCCUUCUGGUACCAUGUUCCUCAAUUUCAUGUGUAUCUUCAGGUUGGAAUGCACUGCAGCUCAGAAGGAUGCAUUUUUCAUUCAGUUAAAGUUUGUAUUGCAGCACUCCGCCGUGUGUUUCAAAUAGUGAAAUGGGAUUUUGAAAAGACGCUUACUGCUGGCAUGGGAGAUGUGAGGAACAAAAGAAAUGCUUCAAUUUCUGGCUUUGAACAUGAAGCUGUGUUCUUGAGAAGUCUGAACUGUAAUCUGCCCAGUGGGCCCCAUAAUUGUUGGUCUACAUGGUUAAUUGGAGGGACCAGAAUUUGGAUCGCUUUUGGAGUAAGACCUGGCCCAAAUGGCACAAUCUCUUGCUCUCUCGUGUUGUAUUGGUUCAUUUUGGAGCUUAUAGGACGAUCGACCAGAAAUCAUGAUCUGACCGAAGUUGGGUUGAUGCUCCUUUUGCUGUUCCAGCUUGACAUCUGAUUGUGUGGCUGUGCUCAUGGUCUGGGACCGUAUUUCCUUCAGUUGCUGCUGAUAUGGCUUAUGAUGGCGUGGACUCCUCUGAACAGUCUCAGGUUUGCUUUAGGUCUCAGAGUGAUGUAUAAUCUUACGACUAAUAUGCAUCUGAAUCUUCCUUUUUCUGUUCUUAUUAUUUUUUUUAUGGGCGAUACGUACUUUUUCCCUUGCAGCAAGAGUGACAGUUUAAGCUCAGGUGAAAAAAGCAUCCCUUUGCUCACAAGGCUGUUCAGUAUUCACUGAAAAAGUUCCCUUGCUCUGUCAGCUUAUGAUCUGUGACUUUCACUUUGAGAUGGUUUUUGCUGCUGCAUCUAUAUGGUGUUCAAUGUUCUUUCAUCCACGUUCUUAAUCGCGAAUCUAAGUGUGAUGUAGCAGUAUAAGUUGACAUUUUGUUGGAAGAAAGAUUGCCCACUGUUGGAAGAAAGAUUGCCCAUCUAUAUGCUAUUGUUCUAUUCGUAUUGAGAAUGACUAGCAGUGGCUUUCAUCUAUUUUGUCUCCUUGCAUAUCUGCCUGCUCACUUUGCAUGACAUUUUUUUUGUUUUGUUUGCAGGGAAGUGGCUGAACUGAUCCUAUUUGCACCUCAAAAGAACUUCACUAGCUUUUAUGGGCGGGUGAAGUUGGCAUACGGAUGCAUCCGUAGCUGUAGAGGUUUACAGAGGCACUGCAAAAUCUCAAUCCCAAGAUGUUACAGAUAUUGCCCAGCACUAUGUUGCUGCUCAAUUCUGUACUUUCAUCUUGGGUAUUUCAGCUCUAGGAAUCAAACUCAAGACUUAGUGGUGCAAUUGUCAACACCUUACCCGUCAUGUCCAAGCCCCCUAAGUACUAAAACAAUUAGUAUCCAAGCAACUAUUGUAUGGUGACAUUUGGAAACCCACUGCUUGUGCUGUUAAGAUCAAAGACAUCGUGUGUGCGUGUUUUGUGUGUUUUAGAGAGAGAGAGAGGCUUGCUUGUGUUGUAGAGAGAGAAAGGCUUGCUCUUCUUUUGGAUGGUUAUUAUAUUCUUGUUUGGAAAUAUAGCAUCUGUGAAUGUCUUUUUGGAAAAGUAUACAAGAGACCCUGUACAUUUGGUAUCAAGGAGUUUAGUCAGUUAUUAAAUUCAAAAGUUCAAUAUUUCGUGACA